GGAAGAGCUGUCGCUCCAAGCUCAAGACUUGGCAGUGUGACAUUCUGAGGAAGCUCAGGCAGUGUGGGGGAUCCCAAGAUAAUUCACAAGAGCUCAUAGACCACACGCUUACAAACAGACCUUGAAGAGGGUCACGUUUUGGACAGACAUCAGCAAGGUUAUAGUGGAGGGUCAGGGUGGUAUAGUAUUACACCAAAUGGGGUAAAAUAGAGAUGUAAAAUAUUUUAAUGUAGGCUAUAUCCAAAAAUACUGCUAUAGUACGACUGGAUUUGGACACCCUUGUACCACUUGUGUCUUUCAUCAGAAUUCAGUUAGCAGGCGAGGGGGAGAUGGACAGAUGCAUUAUACUCUGAAGACUCAAGGAUCUUGACUUUUUUUUAAGUCGAAGACUUCAAGGAAUUCAACACAUUGAAAUAGGAAUUCAAAGACAUCAGAUGUGAUUCGUUUUAAAGAUUGAUGUCAGCAGCUGUGAAUGCUCCCAUGGCUGUUUCAACAACGAGGGCCAACCUCGAUUAUGAGGACUACAGCAUCUACGGAAACCUCUCUGAGGACGAGCUGAUCCAAAUGGUCAUCGAGCGCAGCCUGUCCGAGACCUGCAGCCGGCAACCUCAUUUGUCAGAAGAUAUCUGCGACACAAGCCAGACCCCACCAAAUACACCGGCUGCUGCAGCAAGCCAGCCAGCAGCACCCCCUCUUCAGGGCCAAGACAGUCAUGGAGCUCAGAGACCGGCAACUGUGCCUAAAUGUCACGCGCCUCACACAACCAGUUCACCGAGUGAAAGCCAAAAUGAGACUGAGAAUUCGGAUGGGGGGAGAAUGAAGGUGCUUUCCUGGACAAGAAGAAAUGGAAUGGUGCAAGUUUCACUAAAUGAAGUCAACAUGACUGCUGAAACCUCUGCCAUCUGGAUCAAUGAUGUGCGGAAACUUCGGAAAAUUCUGGAAGAGGUGCCUCUUGAGACCCUGAGUCAGCCAAACCAGGCAGGCUGGACAUAUCUGCAUGAGGCUGCGCACGCCGGGAAAAGGGAAUGUUUGAACUUACUAGUAGAAACACUACCAAAACUCCUCAAUAAGCGAACCAAAAUAGGAGAAACUCCACUUCAUUUGGCUGUUGCCAGAAGCCACGUGCCAUGUGUCCGGUGCCUUCUCCUGGCUGAAGCAGAUCCAAACAUAAAAAACAAUUUAGGAGAAACACCUCUAUUUAACGCUUGUGAAAAAAACAAUGUGGAAAUGGUGGAGCUCCUGUUACAGUUUGGCGCCAAAGUGUCGAUGGCCACCUUCGAAGGCAUGACGCCACUACACGAGGCUGUGACACACAGUAACCUCACUAUGUGCGAGCUGCUUGUGGACGCUGGCGCCAACGUAAAAACCAAGAACGUUUAUGGCAUCGAUCCACUCUUCGUAGCCGCCCAAGCUGGACACAAGGAAACUGUGGACUUGCUGAUCGCUUGCGGGGCGAAUGUCAACUGCCAAGCUAAGGAUGGAGCGACACCAUUAUAUGAAGCGGCUAAGAAUGGCCACGAGGAUGUGAUAGACCUGCUUCUGUCUCAUAAGGCCAAUCUGAACCUGACAAACAAAGAUGGACUAACCCCUCUUCACAUUGCUGCAAAGGAAGGACACUCUGGAAUUGUGUCUCUGCUCAUCCCACGCACAUACCGAAUGAUUGAGAGGAAGACGGGCAUCAGUCCCCUCCACCUUGCAGCGGAGCACAACAGAGACGAUGUCCUGGAGGUGCUUAUCGAGGCGGGCUUUAAAAUCAACACCAUGCUGAAACACAGAGACGGUUCUCAGGCGAACGACGACCGAUGCUGCACGGCCCUCCACUUCGCUGUGCGCAAUGGAAACGUGGACGCCGCGCACAUGCUCCUGGAGGCGGGCGCUGACCCCAACGUGGACACUUUCAACCCUCUUCUCGUAGCCGUGAGACACGCAAAUAUACCAAUGCUCACUAUGCUUCUGAAGUACGGCGCCAACGUAAAUGCCUGCGUGCCAACAUUCCCCACUGCUUUCCCUGGUGCUAUACUGUUCUGCAUCAGGCAGACAAGUAUUUUGAAGUUACUGCUGGACUAUGGGUGCGAUGCCAAUGCCUGCUUUAACUGCAUGUAUGGAAGCUACGCGCAUCCCCCAAUGACGAGCAGGCGUGCCAUUCGCUGCGACUUGGACCUGGAUGUCCCAGAGGAUCUUCAUGGCAGAGCAACACAGUUCUGUGACUUCAUCGCAGAUCCCUACUACUCACCAUGGGCGGGACCUAUCAUAGACUGUCUCCUGGACUACACUGGGCCUGUUAACUUGUGCUCCAGAAUAACAGAGGUUCUUGAGAGUAAUAAGAACUGGGAGUACAUCAAAGAUAAAGCAAUGCCAUCUAUCCGCCUAACGCACCUGUGUCGACUAAAGAUUCGGCAACUGGUAGGCAACAGCAUGUUGCGACAGAUGACCUCACUUCCUCUACCGGGACGACUCAUCAACUUCCUCUUCUAUGACAAUGAAGCACAAUAUGAUGCUGAUAGUGACGAUUCAUGUGAUUUUGUCUGAGCUUAUAUCUGUUUCCUCAAAAUCCCCCCCCUCCCAACUUAAAAUCACCUACAGCCGAGAUGCUCUACUGAAAAUCAGGGAAGCGGUUCCCUCUCUCCUCCAAGAUGACCUUAGUGGAUUACCUACACCAACUUUCCGACGUGGCAAACCAAACCAAAAGCGUGGAAGGAAAGGGGGAGUGCGAGCUCAACUGAAAAGGAGGCCAUUCAGGCCACCUCUACCAACCAUAAUGUUUGGGAAUGUACAAAGCAUUAGGAAUAAAACGGAUUAACCCUGUGCCUGUGCACAGCACCUGGCGGACUACUGGCAAUCAUGCCUGAUUUGUCUAUCGGAAACUUGGCUGCCGGAGUCAGACCCAGAUUCAGAUUGCAAUCCCAGAUUGCAGGGUUGCAAGAUGAGGCUGAUGAUAUCCAGCCCAAAAAAUUCUCAAAACCCGCCUGGAAGCAGUAAUUUUCACUGGUUAGGGCAGACCGUGACUUCAACUCAGGGAAGAGUAAAGGUGGAGGCAUGUGUGUCUUCAUAAAUAACAGGUACUGCAACCAAGCACUCAUCACCAUGAAGCAUACACUUUGCACUAAAGACAUUGAACUGCUAUCGUUCAAUCUAAGACCUUAUUAUAUGCCCCGUGAAAUACACCAGAUUUACCUUUUUUAUUG